GUCUGAUAGUCUGUGAUCUGGACUUCUCCCUGACCCUGUGUGGGUUUGUUUCUUCCCCACAAAGAUGGGAUGCAUGCCAUCUGCCCCUCCCCAUUCAGAGUCGUGACUAAUGUCGACAAACAUUAGGGCCCUUGAGAAAGGGUAAGAUACAAAUUGUCCUCGUCUCACCUUUGCCAUUUCUUAAACCCUUAUGUCCCCGAAUGCACCUUUCCAAAGUGUACACCUCUUCUUUCUUGCUGCAGCAAAUGGAAAUACUAUGGCGUGAGAAGGUCCAUUCCGCCUCUCCCCCUUCCAGACUCUGGCAGGCCAGGUUCAGAUGGGCUUUGUCAGGUGCCCACUGCCCGCUCCUUCCUUAACUGAGGGCUGAUGCCCCAAAAUCUGGAGAAGAGCCAGGCCUACCCCCGCCGACGCCCUGGGCGCCACACAGGCCUUAAGAGCCCCGAGGCUGCCUCAGCCACAGCCAUGUACACCUUCCUGCCUGACAACUUCUCGCCUGUGAAGCCCAAAGCAUCCAAAGAGGUGAAGCCGCUGCUGGGCUCGGCAGUGCUGGGGCUGCUGCUGGUGUUGGCCGCGGUGGUAGCCUGGUGCUACUACAGCGCCUCCCUGCGCAAGGCUGAACGUCUGCGCGUGGAGCAGCUGGACCUUAAACUUGGAGGUUUCUCCAUCCGCAACCAGAAGGGCGAGCAGGUCUUCCGCCUGGCCUUCCGCUCCGGUGCAUUGGACCUGGACUCCUGCAGCCGCGAUGGCGCCCUGCUGGGCUGCUCUCGCACGGCGGAUGGGCGCCCGCUACACUUCUUCAUCCAGACGGUGCGACCCAAGGACACCGUCAUGUGCUACCGCGUGCGCUGGGAGGAGGCGGAGCCGGGGCUCGCCGUGGAGCACGCCAUGUUCCUGGGGGACGGGGAGGCGCACUGGUACGGCGGCGCCGAGAUGAGGACCCAGCACUGGCCCAUCCGGCUGGAAGGCCAGCAGGAGCCGCAGCCCUUCGUCACCAGCGACGUCUACUCCUCGGACGCAGCGUUCGGAGGCAUCCUCGAGCGCUACUGGCUUUCGUCGCGCGCGGCCGCCAUCAAGGUCAACGACUCGGUGCCCUUCCACCUGGGCUGGAACGGCACGGAGCGCUCGCUGCGGCUGCAGGCUCGCUACAGCAACACGCCCUACAAGCCGCCCGCCGGCCUUCCCGCGGCUCCCGAGCUCAGCUACCGGGUGUGCGUCGGCUCCGAUAUCACCUCCAUCCACAAGUACAUGGUCCGGCGCUAUUUCAAUAAGCCGUCGAGGGUGCCGGCGCCCGAGACCUUCCGGGACCCCAUCUGGUCCACGUGGGUGCUGUACGGGCGUGCGGUGGACCAGGACAAGGUGCAGCGCUUUGCCCAGCAGAUCCGACAGCACCGCUUCAACAGCAGCCACCUGGAAAUCGACGACAUGUACACGCGCGCCUACGGCGACUUCCACUUCGACGAGGUCAAGUUCCCCAACGCCAGUGACAUGUUCCGCCGCCUGCGCGACGCCGGGUUUCAGGUCACGCUCUGGGUGCACCCAUUUGUCAACUACAACUCGUCCUCCUUCGGCGAGGGCGUGGAGCGGGAGCUGUUCGUGCGCGAACCCACGGGCCGGCUGCCGGCGCUGGUGCGCUGGUGGAACGGCAUCGGCGCCGUGCUGGACUUCACGCGCCCCGAGGCCCGCGACUGGUUCCAGGGGCACCUGCGGCGGUUGCGCUCGCACUACGAGGUCGCCUCCUUCAAGUUUGACGCGGGCGAAGUCAGCUACUUGCCGCGGGACUUCAGCACCUACAGGUCGCUGCCGGACCCCAACAUUUGGAGCCGGCGCUACACGGAGAUGGCGCUCCCCUUCUUCUCCCUGGCGGAGGUGCGCGUCGGCUACCAGUCGCAGAACAUCUCGUGCUUCUUCCGCCUGGUGGACCGGGACUCCGUGUGGGGCUACGACCUGGGGCUGCGCUCGCUCAUCCCGGCCGUGCUCACCGUCAGCAUGCUGGGCUACCCGUUCAUCCUGCCGGACAUGGUGGGUGGCAACGUGGUGCCGGAGCGCACGGCGGGCGGCGGCAAGGUGCCGGACCGCGAGCUCUACGUGCGCUGGCUGGAGGUGGCCGCCUUCAUGCCCGCUAUGCAAUUUUCGGUCCCUCCCUGGCAAUACGACGCCGAGGUGGUGGCCAUCGCGCACAAGUUCACCGCCCUGAGGGCCUCGCUCGUGGCCCCGCUGUUGCUGGAGCUGGCCGGUGAGGUCACGGACACGGGCGACCCCAUUGUGCGCCCCCUCUGGUGGAUCGCGCCGGGCGAUGAGACGGCUCACCGCAUCGACUCGCAGUUCCUCAUCGGGGACACGCUGCUGGUGGCACCAGUGUUGGAGCCUGGCAAGCAAGAACGUGACGUCUAUCUGCCCGCGGGCAAGUGGCGCAGCUACAAGGGUGAGCUUUUUGACAAGACCCCAGUGCUGCUCACCGAUUAUCCCGUCGACCUGGAUGAGAUAGCCUACUUCAUCUGGGCCUCCUGACCCAGCCCAGAACCCCAGGACCCCACAGCUCUAACCCGUCUUUAUGCAGGCCUUUUACCCUCCGUCACAACC